UUAAAUUUUUGACAAAAAAAAAUUAUAAAUAACAGUUUCUGAUCCCAUACUUAUAUUAAGACAAAAUAUUAGAAUAAAUCACUGCAAACCACAAUAAUAUUUCCAAUGAUUCCCUCCCACGCGAUAUAAAAGUUAGUUUAUGUAACGGAUGGGAAUGGGAGGCAUUGGAAAUCUCGUACACACGCAGUAAUUUUGGGGAUGGAAUCUGAAAAAAUUCUAGUCGCAGCUGGUUUAACAGCUGCUGCAGUUGUUGGAGCUUUUGUAUUUUGGGGCCCCUCACCAGGCUCCGGUGGUGGGAGAGGAAGGCUAGCAGGUUUAGUGAAUUUAGGGAAGACUUGCUUUUUAAACGCUAUCUUACAUGCUUUAGCCGCUUGUCCGCAAUUUAUCACUUGGCUUGAGAAAGACAAAUAUGCCAAAGAAACAAGCUUACGCAGUACAUUAGCUACGGUCUUAUCAGUUGUAAACGGAACAAAUAAAUCAGUGCAAGACACUUAUGCACCAGCAGCAGUAAUAAACGCUUUGAAAAGGCUCGGUUGGGUAAUACCAGCAGGAGAACAAGAUGCACACGAAUUACUUAACGUUAUUCUGACAACUUUAGAUGAAGAAACGCAAAAAAUUGGCAGAAAGGCUGGGUGUUUGUCGGACGCACUUGGUAUGAACGAUUUAGGUGAAUUAACAAACGAAGAGGAAGAACCAACGGAAUUUAAUUCCUUAGGCAGUGUCAUGUCCCUAAACGAGUUGUGUAGACCCAACAGUUUGACUUGGAGAGGCGGGGCUAUCAGGAGAAACAGGUGGAUAUCUAGGUCUUGCAGGGCUUUACAGAUGUCGGGGCCUCCCCCACAACCAGCGACACACCCCUUUACAGGGACUUUGACUAGUCAAUUGCGAUGUACUGAAUGUGGAUACAAAUCUGCCGUACGUUAUGAUAAAUUCGAAAGCUUGUCGCUGGCACUACCUAGCGGCGCGGGUGAUUUGGGUUGGGGUCGGCACAAACUUCAUCAAUUAUUAACGAAUUUUGUCACUCCGGAAGUAGUUCAGGACGUCCAGUGUGAGGGUUGUAAUAGGGAUAGGGAUCCUGCAAGGCCUGCUAUUCUAUCGAGGCAGAUAAAAAUUCUUAAUUUCGGAAAGUUGCCUCUGUGUUUGUGCAUUCAUAUUUCCCGAAAUACUUGGCAGCCUAGCGGCAUGUCCAAGAGGCAAGAUUACGUCCAAUUUCCAAUGAGGUUGUCCAUGUCAGCUUAUACAUUCAUUCAAGUGCAUUAUCAGAGGAAGCUGCCUAACGCAAAUUACACUAGUACAAGCGAGGGGGGAAGUCCAUUGUCCAGCAGUACCCCUCUCUGUUGGACUGGAAGCUCCCUGAGCGAUAUGGCCAAUGAGUUUAGAAACGUCUACCAGCUUGCCGCAGUUGUUGUGCAUGCCGGGGAUGCCCAUUCGGGUCAUUUUAUAACGUACCGGAAGGGAUGUCAGAACAGCAGGUGGUAUUACACCUCCGACGUGGAAAUAAGGGAAGUUACGGUCGACGAAGUGCUCCAAAGCACGGCUUACAUGUUGUUCUACGAGAAAACAGUCUCGAUGGCCAGCGCCUUUUAAUUCUCACCAAAAUUUAUGCUGUGAUUGUCUUUGCAUUUGUGGUAAACGUUUUAUUUAUACGCUCCGAGUUCCUCUGGGGGAAGAAUAUCCUGUAUUCACCCGUCUUCAUUCCAUUUCCUUUAACGAUGCAACCGCACCAUAUCGUAGUAAAGAGAAUAGCUAAUUUGCUGUAGAAAAAGGUAUAAAUGCCAUGGAGGUUGCGGAACAUGUGUUGGGAAGAGGGGGUUGGUAAGCAGUUUAUAGUUGAUGUGAUGAGCAACUAUGCGAUUGUUUUUGUAACAUCAACUGUGCCGAAAUUAUCUCCUUUCUUUCUGGACGUGUUAAAAUCCUGGCAUUUUUCGUAAUCAGGUUUUAUUUUACCUCGUACAUAUUCCAAUUUGUUUCUCAAGUAGGAGAUACUUUGUCAAUAAAAACUGAAGCAUUUCGAUUUCAAUUUAUCUGUUAUUUGCAAAAUAAGGAAGAAACGGUGAAUGCUUCGUUUGUAUAAGAAACUUUUUAAAAAGUUGAUGUCCAUUGAAUUUUCUUAAAAUCUAGUAACCUCUUAAAAAAACUUUAAGAAUUACAAUUUUUGCUACGGUUAUUUUAUAAUGUUGGCAGUUAUCGAAUUAUGAGUCUCUACGUUGUUUUUUUUUUUUUUCAUAGAAUAAAUAAAAGUACGUUUCUGGUUGACAAAUUUUGAUAUUGUUAAGAAUGUUUUAUAAUUUUUUGAGUCACAUAGUAGAUCGAAUGUGACGUGUUGGUUAAGGUUGACGUUUUCAUCCUAUAUUUUACAAUUUAUGUGUAUAUUUAUUGAAUAUGUUACUUAUAUUGUAGCGUUAAAUAAAAUUUAAGAAACACUUUA